AUGGAGGUGAUUAAUUUUACUGAGAAUCACAUUUUGGCAAAGGUGGUUGAAGAGGAUGGGUUUGCAUGGCAUCUUACAUGUUUUUAUGGGUGGCCUGACUCUAGUCAAAAAUCUAAAUCAUGGGCUCUGUUAUCGCAUUUGUCUUCGUUUGUGGAUGGUCCUUGGUUGUGCAUUGGAGAUUUUAAUGCGAUAUUGCACUCCACCAAGAAGCUCAGUAAUAGGCCGCCUCCUUACAAACAGAUGGAUGAGUUUCGUGAAGCUUUGGAACAAUGCUCCUUAUCAGAUCUGGGUUUUCAUGGUUAUCCAUUCACAUGGAAUAACAAGCGACCUGGACUCGCCAAUACAAAGGAGCAUCUUGAUCGAGCUGUUGCCAAUGAGGAAUGGAAAUCUAAGUUCCCACAGAGUAAAGUCACACACCUGUCAUCCCACGUAUCAUACCAUUUACCAAUCAUUCUCCAAACCAAGCCAGCCAAGCACCGCAUAUCUAGAAGCAAUAUGGGGUUUAAAUUUGAAGAAGCUUGGCUAUUAUGGGAGGAUUGUGAGGCCGUGGUCCAAGAAGGUUGGAAUAAAAGGGACGGCAUGGUUUCUGCUAUGGCAAAAGUGAAAGAGAAGAUUAAGGGGUGUGGUAGGGAGUUACAUGCAUGGGGUGCAUCUAAAACACAGCCCAACACCGAAAAAAUAAAGGCACUCCAAAGGAAGAUUGAGGGGUUGAAUAGGGGUGAGUGUAUUGAAGAAAAUAAAGCUGAGUUUCUAGUGGUUAGUAAGGAGUUGGAUGACCUUUUGCUUAAGCAGGAGAUUUAUUGGAUACAACGCUCUCGAAUCUCUUGGCUUAAACAUGGAGAUAAGAAUACAAAGUUCUUUCAUUCAAAGACCUCACAACGAAGACGGAGGAAUUUUAUUCAAGGGAUAAAGAAUCAGGCCGAUAGAUGGGUCGAGGAAGUGGAAGAAAUAGCAGAUGUGGCUACCAAUUAUUUUGAGAAUAUUUUCAAGGCCGGUGAUUGUGACAGAUUGGAGGAGUGCCUAGUUGCAGUACAGCCUAAGGUUUCUACUGAUAUGCGGGAUAUUUUGUCCAGUGAAUACAGUCCAAAGGAAAUCAAAGCGGCGUUGUUCCAAAUGGGACCAACAAAGGCUCCUGGACCAGACGAGGGUUUUUCCUCUCUACUUGCAAAAGCUGAGGCGGAGAAUAGGUUGCAUGGUGUGUCUAUAUGUAGGAGAGCUCCUAGUAUAUCCCACUUGCUAUUUGCAGACGAUUCCCUACUAUUUUGCAGAGCAACUCAGGAUGAAGUUCAUGCAUUAGCAGAUAUUUUACAGCUCUAUGCCUCGGCUUCGGGGCAGCUCAUAAACCUUGACAAAUCUUCCAUUUACUUCAGUAGCAAUACGGAUGGUGGACAACGAAAUUGGAUUAAAACUUGGCUGAAGGUUAAGGAAGUGGACCGGUUUGAGAAUUAUUUGGGACUACCAACUCUGAUUGGGCGCUCUAAAUAUCAAGCAUUUGCUGUUCUAAAGGAUAAAGUCUGGAAAAAGCUACAAGGGUGGAAGGGGAUUAUGUUAUCUAGAGCCGGAAAGGAGGUAUUGAUAAAGGCCGUUGCUCAAUCUCUACCGACUUAUACUAUGGGAGUGUUUCAGCUUCCUGUAAAGCUUUGUGAUGAGCUUAAUGCCAUGUGCGCAAGGUUUUGGUGGGGGCAGGUGGGUAAUGAGAGGAAGAUUCAUUGGAAGAGUUGGGACUCACUAUCUAAACCAAAGAAGGAAGGUGGUAUGGGCUUUAGGGAUAUCCGGUGUUUUAAUUUGGCGAUGCUGGCCAAGCAAGGAUGGAGGUUACUGAAGGAAAAGGAUACUCUGCUCUACAGGUGUUUCAAAGCAAAGUACUUCCCACGGUGUAAUUUUUUGGAGGCAAGGGACGUGAAUAAUAGCUCUUAUGUGUGGAAGAGCAUUAUUGCGGCUCAACCAAUUCUGAAGAAAGGUUGCUGCUGGAGGGUGGGUGAUGGUUCUGGAAUUCGGGUGCUUAAAGACAAAUGGAUUCCGAACCACCCCACAAAUAGGGUGUUGCAUCCACCAGAGGAAGAAGAAUGGGAAUGGCGUGUUUCGGAGUUAAUUGACUGGUCACUCAAGUUGUGGGAUAGAGGCUUAAUUGAGAGGAGUUUUCACCAUGAAGAUGCGGAUGCUAUACUUCGGAUUCCAUUGAGCCGUAGACAAAAUGAUGAUACUCUGUUUUGGCUACACUCAACAGAGGGGGAAUAUUCGGUCAAAACAGGGUACCAUUUGGCUAGAGAGCUUAGAAGGGAGCAUGAUGUAAAUGGAGAGAGUUCUUCGUCGGGGGAGUGCAGCAAGGUGUGGGGCAAGCUCUGGAAACUCCAUAUACCAAAUAAGGUCCGGAUUUUUGCAUGGCGAGCUUGCCAUGAUAUCCUGCCAACUUGUGAGAAGCUAGCUCGACGUCAAAUUGUCAUCGAUGGCAGGUGUAGACUUUGCAAAAGAGGCUUGGAAUCUGCAAUCCAUGCCUUGUGGGAGUGUAGUGUGGCUCAGGACGUGUGGGCGGGGUGUGCGAGACGGUUGCAAAAAUGUGGGAGAGUACAGUUUGAUAUGCUGCAGCUUGUGGAGAAGCUAAUGGAAAAAUUAAAUACCGAGGAGCUCGAGUUUUUCUUCGUCCAGGCUUGGAUGAUUUGGAACCAACGGAAUACAGUUUUCCACGGGGGGAGCUUGCAGGCAGGGCCGGCUGAAGCUAUAGGCGAGCUAGGCAACCGCCUAAGGCCCCAACUUCUAAUAGGGCCCCCAAAUAGUUUAAAUUGUAAAGUGAUCAUAUUAAGUAGAGCUACAAUUGUGCUUUUGAUAAACCAGGUAGAUGAUACUUCUGGAAAAGGUCUUUUCAAUGAAAUUAUAAGUGCAAUAGAAAAUCUUGAACUUGAUAUUAAUGAUGUACGUGGACAAGGAUAUGAUAAUGGGUCUAAUAUGAAAGGGAAAAAACAAGGGGACCCAUCUCGGCUAAACAAGAGAGCAGCUGACUUCUUGAAAGAAUUUAGAGAAGCCCAACAACACUUGGUUACACGAAGACAAGUUGCCAGAGAAGUUCAGUGGAGGCCAUCGCCAAGAAAUGGGUUUAAACUAAACUUUGAUGCAGCCAUUUUCGAUGAACUAAAUGCGACGGGUUUCGGAGCAGUAAUUCGCAAUGGGGAAGGAGAAGUAAUGGCAGCCAUGGCAGCGAAAGGACCACCGGUCUCGGGUAGUGAGGAGGCUGAGGUGCUGGCAUGCCGCAACGCCUUGGAGUUCGCUGUGGAUGCGGGUUUCACCGAGCUGCUGGUAGAGGGAGAUAAUGUCUCAGUUAUGCAGAGGAUUUUACGGUCUCAGCCUAAUGGGUCAUGGCUUGGGCACUUGUAUGAAGAUAUAAAAUGUUUGUGUGCUGGUCUAUGUGUUGUGUCUGUUGAGUGGGUUAGCCGUACAACCAAUGAAGUGGCUUAUUGUUUGGCAAAGCAUGCUAGAGGGUUAGUUGAUGAGAGUGUUUGGCUGGAGGAAUCCCCUCCUCCUGCACGGGAAGCUUUGUAUCUGGAUAUGCUUAAAAUUUAA